AUGGUACCAUGGUCGCCCGCGUUUCACUACAACAGUUUUCACCGACAGCGCUCUCCUUACAUACGCUUACUAUGGGAACAUUUUCCACCCGGCCGUGAUCGUCUAGUGGUUAGGACCUUGCGUUGUGGCCGCAAUAACCCAGGUUCGAAUCCUGGUCACGGCACAAAAUCUUUUUGCACAAAUAUCCCGGAAAAACGAACGGAAAACUAUCUCGACGUGUACCCCCGCACCGUCUUCGUCGCCAUCACCAUUGUUGUUGCGUUACGGUUUUCCGACGGUCACGCCGCUUGUUCUUCACUUCAAUACAAAGUGAAUUGUGACAAUGACUACAUGACCGUCGAUGUUAAGAAAACCGAUGACAUUAAAAGCAUUUAUUUGAACCAAAUGAAAUUUUAUCCAGAGCUCGCUUGCCAACCGGUUUUCGAAAAAAACCUCAUUCAGUUCAAACUGUCUCUACAAGACGUGUUCAAAUGCGGACUGACUAAAGUGACCAAUCAAGGAACCGGUACAGUCACGUACUAUCAUCAGAUAGUCAUAGAGAAAGACGGUGGUAAAAACUACGAGCACAAGUCUUUCGUAAAUGUGAAGUGCUGGUUUUCAGGAAACAAAAAUCACACAGUGGCCAAGAGGAAUGUGCUACCUGCCGGAUUCCAAGAGCCAGAGGACUUGGAGAUCACUACUUCGUUGACGGAAAACGCUCCGGUUCCCAUGCUUAAGGUUGGCGUGCGACAGGGCGGUAGUAUCGUUAACGGCGAGCUCAACGUCAACCCAGGCACACCGUUGCAAAUGGAAAUAUACCUGGACAAAGACAGUGCCCCGAUCUAUGGGCUGCUGGUGAGCUACAUGCAAGUGACGGACACCAAAGCGCAAGAGGAAACGAUCAUAUUCAACGGCUGUUCGGUGGAUCCAUAUUUGUUCGAAAACUUUAAUACGGUGGACGGCGAUUUUUUGACCGCUAAAUUCAGGGCGUUCAAGUUCCCCGAGUCAACGUACGUGCAGUUCAAAGGCACCGUUAACGUCUGUUUAGACAAGUGCAGAGGGGUGGAUUGUAGCAACGGCAAAGUUGGUUUCGGAAGGAAGAGGCGAGAAAUCAGUGGUAUUCCACCUGACCCGAAUAAGGUGUUUGAAGUGGCCAUGACCACUUUCAUUAAAGUGGAUUACAAGAGUGAAAUGGCCCGAGAAAAAGUGAAAUUGGAAAUCGACACGACCGCGGACGAACGGAACCAGACCAACUCAAACUCGCUGGACAUGAGGCCCAAGGGUGGCGCCAGGAACGCGGACGGCACUGACCACAUGCGAGUGGACACCGAGGAAAUCCGAGAGGAGCUCAAGUACACGCUGCUGGAGACAAACGCCGGCCACACUCUGGCACCGCACGCCGUGGCCGUGGUGGCCGCGGUGGCCGCGCUGCUGCUGGUGGCCAUCGAUUGA